AUGCCGACAACCGAAAACGUCGAGCAGUAUCGGCUACGUGCUCUGGGCCUCUCGCAAGUCAGCAAAGAGCUUGAACAUCGGGUUCAUCUCCUUGUCCGUGAACUAAACCGUCUCUAUGAUGAGAUAAAGUGGGCGGAGUCGCCACAGCAUGGAUGGGUGCCAUGCGAACCCGUCACACCACGCACCAAACCCUCGUUGAAAGUCGUCAAACUUCGUGAACAGCGUAGCCUGAUGGACAAUGAACGCGUAAACCUAACUCAAAAGGCCCGCCGCGUCGAGAACGAAGCCACCCGGAUGAUCAUGCGAUAUGCCGAGCUGACAUGCAAACCGCUCUGCGAGAGCAUGCACCGGGAACUACCUCCCGAGCUACGCGAUGCCGUGUACGAGCAAAUCAGCACCUGGCGCGAUCCUGUUGAUGUCGACCACUACUUCUCCCACGCAACUGGACAAAUAAAAUCCUUCUUCUUCAUGGCCCAGAAGAAGUGGCAGUCCCAGCAAGGACUCUUCGGCGCUUUCUAUUGGGAUCCUCGCUUCGUGGGGGAUGUCGUAGCGCGCGAGCUCAUCGGCAACUGGUAUCGGACGUCGUCGUUCCUGGUUACGCAUGAUAGGCUCCUGGAGCGGUUCUUGAACGGAGAUCGGUGGGAGAUGGGUGUCGUUCCAAAGGACAUCCUAACUAAUAUCACCGUUUCCAUUCCCGAGGAGAGUUACGCGAAUCCAGCCAGACACGAUGAACUACUCGAGAACCUGAGGAGCUUGCUCGGCAUGAAGAAGCCAGGGGUUUCCGUGACAAUUCGCCUGAACCAGCGCUUUCCGCGUGGUCCUAGGGCCGAGCGAGCCGCGACGGCCUUCCGAGAUAUUCUCGGGCUAAUUUUUCCAGUGUUGCAUGCUCUCAAUGGCAGAGGAAGCAGGCUGACGCUGGUCGAAACGGACAGCGCAUUGCGGUUGGGGUUGUCUUCGGACAAGGGAGAAUUUUCGGUGGAGAGGUGGUGCAAGCAGCGUCGGCAGCAUCUAGCAGUAGGUGAAGAGGAGGACUCUUAG